AUGGUGACCAUCUCAGGCGAAUGGACGGUCGGCAAUAUCAUUGUCGUUGCUCUGAUCGUCGUCUGCAUUCUUGCCUUAGGGUACACCUUCGGAAAGAUGGCCGCACAGAGGAGGAUCCAGAACCAGCAAGCAACACCGAACGACAACUCCAACCCCAGUUUCCUGUCGAGACUAUGCGGGUGCUGCGGAGACGGGUGUGUAAAUAUAGAUAUACCUCUGGACCUCUCUGGGGAUACUGGCGGCGGUGGAGGGGGUGGUGAUGGCGGCGGUGGAGGAGCUCCUGGUGGAGGUGGAGGGGGAGGAGGAGGAGGAGGUGCCGAUGGUGGAGGUGGAGGUCAUGGAGGUGGAGGUCAUUGA